GUCGUGGAUAAAGAACGAAGAGAAUAGUUAUUGCUUUGUGAAAAAGGGACUUCAAUGGAGUUCUUCAAAGGAAAGCUGCAUUUCUAUGGGAGCACACCUUUUGGCAAUAGAAACUGAAGUUGAGAAAAAAUGGAUUCAAGACAAAGCCUCUGGGGACUCUUGGUGGAUCGGGGGUACAGAUUCAAACUCGGAAGGCACGUUUUACUGGGAACACUCUUCCAAGACAAUGACGUACACAAACUGGUAUUCUAAUCAACCAGACAAUGAUACAAACGAAAAUUGCGUGUCAAUUCUUGGCGAUGGAUCCUGGCAUGAUUUUUCAUGCAGUAGCACGUUUUAUUAUAUUUGUGAAAAUAACUGGAUGAUUGUAUCAGGACAAUAGCAAAUAUAAAGAGCCCCAUGAGUUACAACGCUCACCUGAGUAACAUCGACCUUGCUGUUUUUCACCUGACUCAACUGAUGCUCCUUUGGAUUGCCUAUUGUGUCCCCGCCCUACUCUCAGGAGUCAUGAUAUGAAUAAUUCAGAAUCAUCACUACCCAAGGAUGUUUCCUCAUAAGCUGCAGCUUUUCUGGUCCGGUGUUUUUUUAAAAGAUUUUUAAAGAUAUUGUAAAAUGCAUGGGGGUUGGAUUUUAGAAUUUUGCAUAUUAAUUGCACUGACAGGCUGAUGAUGGAGUGUUUUUAAGUGAAGUAAAGUAGCAUACAGUUGUAAAUUCAUUAGAAAUGUUUUAUUGUUCAUGUUAUUUCAUUAUCUUAUUGUUUACCUGAAUUAUUGAUGCAAUACACAUUGCACUUCGACAUUGUAAUGUAAACAAAUGCUGUUUUUGUGUUACUAGACGAUCUAGUGAGAUAUUGUUGAACAGACAGUAAGGGACAGUGAUACUAAGAUGUUAUAUGUCAGUUUUUCGUCAUUAUCUACCAUAUUACGACUGUAAUUUACUUAUUUAUUUCAGCAUUAUCACAUGUGUUGUA